AUGUCCUUCUUCAGCAAGACGAAAGAAGAGGUCCUGGGUCAACGUGCUGGAUUGGGCAGUGGUGUUUCAGAUUUGACUGAGAGCCUUGUGGGUGGUGCGCUGCAAUCCUUCGCCAAGAUGUCGGGAUCUUUGAAGGCCCUGUCCGCUUUUCCUAGGGGGCAAUUUCUGAGGAGUGGGUGA